CCUUCGAAAAACGCCGAGGAGGGUUUCCAUUUCUCUGUGGCCGUGAUCGUCGCCGUCGUUAUAACGAUGUUUCUCACGAGAUUUAUCGGGAGGAGGUUCUUGGCGGUGGCUGCAUCGACGAGAUCGGAGUCAAGUACUGCAGCAGGAGCUGCUGCUGCUUCGACUGCUAGGAUUGCUAAGAACCCUCUGGAAGAGUUCUUUGAGUUCGAUAGAAGCCAGGACGAAGAUAAACCUGUUGUCUACGGUCGAGGAUGGAAAGCAUCGGAGCUGCGGCUCAAGUCAUGGGAUGAUCUUCAGAAGCUGUGGUACGUUCUUCUCAAAGAGAAGAACAUGUUGAUGACUCAGCGUCAGAUGCUUCAAGCUCAGAACAUGAUGUUUCCUAACCCCGAACGCAUUCCUAAGGUGAGGAGAUCAAUGUGCCGCAUAAAGCAUGUGCUGACAGAGAGGGCGAUUGAAGAACCCGACCCCAGAAGAUCAGCCGAGAUGAAGAGAAUGGUCAAUGCUAUGUGAUCCCCUUGUGCUUACUUCUUUUGUCAACCGAGCAGCAAGCUUUUGAGCCAAUUCGCAUUAGGGGUUAAUUAGUAACAAAUAGCAUUCAAGAAGACGAAGAAUAAUUGAUAUUUGUCCUUUGGAACUGGUUUAUUGAUUAUGUCUGGCAGUAGAAAAUGUUUGUUCGGUAGCUAUAUGCAAGUUUCUGUAAAACCAUGUUUGGUGUUUAUUU